AACAGGUGCGUCCAAGUGAACGCCUUUGCAUGUGUCUGCAGGUGUAGCUGCCAAGAAACGGCCGGUUAAGGACUCACAAAACGGCAGAACAUGACGCAGAUUAACAGAAGACCAACGGGAGAGAGAGGAGUGCCAGUCACCUGUCAUUCACUGUUGGUAAUGGCUGGCAUCGUGGCGGUGGUUGGCGUGGUUCUGGUGCCCAUGGUAACCGCCCAGUUCCACAGUUUCGCUGACCUGCCGGGCGACUACUGCAGAAUAAGACGACCAACGUCGUGUUGUGACGGACGGUACGACGACUGUUCCUUGCCUAUCCGCGGUACACUGUGUUACUGCGACCAGUUCUGCAAUAGGACCUAUAAUCCGGACUGCUGCCCCGACUACUGGGAGCUCUGCCUGGGUAUCCGGCCUUCUCCACCGCCUGAGAUUUUUGGGUGCUACAAGGAGGGGCUGUACAUCCCACACGGUCACAGCAUCAAAUUCAACUGCAACGAAUGUAAGUGCCAAGGGAAGAACCUGAUAUGCGAGGAGGACAAAUGCAUGAUCGAGGAGCAGGUGAUCCAGACCGUGAACCUUGCCCAGCGUCAGUAUGGCUGGAGGGCGACCAACCACUCCAAGUUCUGGGGCAGGAAGGCACGAGAGGGCCUCGUACUUCGAACCGGCACUCACAACCCAGAGGCUCUGUCACUGAAGAUGUACCCGAUAUUACUCCGGCCGGAUGUCUCCCGCAUCCCGCGCCAGUUCGAUGCCCGGAACAAGAGAGAGUGGCAGGGGCGUGUGAGUGGCGUGAGUGACCAGGGCUGGUGCGGUGCCUCCUGGGCGUUUUCCACCUUAGGCGUAACUCAGGACAGAUUAUCCAUCGAGUCUUUGGGGAACGAGACGGUGAGACUGGCGCCGCAGCACCUCCUGAGUUGUGACAGGCGGGGGCAGAGUGGCUGCCAGGGCGGACACGUCGACAGGGCCUGGCAGUACCUGAGAAGAUUUGGGGUGGUGAACGAGGAGUGCUACGCCUACGAGAGUGGCACCACAGGUCAGCUACCGACCUGUAGAGUCCCUCCCAACGCCAACCUCUUCAGCCUUCGCUGUUCUAAUAACGAGGUGGUGUACCAGAGGAGAGAUCUGUACAAGACAGAGCCAGCGUACCGUAUCUCAGGCAAGGAGACAGACAUUCAGUGGGAGAUCCUUACCAACGGCCCUGUUCAAGCAAUAAUGAGAGUACAGAAGGACCUGUUCAUGUACCAAAGUGGAGUGUACUCCAGCACGGGGCUGGCGGGACAGGAGACGGCCACACAUUCUGUCAGGAUCAUCGGCUGGGGAGAGGACAACUUCCUGGGAUCUUUUCCUGUCAAAUAUUGGCUGGUGGCCAACUCGUGGGGUACUGACUGGGGUGAGAGAGGCUUCUUCAGGAUCGUCCGUGGCUACAAUGAGUCUGAUAUCGAGACUUUUGUCAUUGCUGUACGUGCCCGACUUGGUAGCUACGCCAGAGGUGGCCGGACACAAGAUUUACGAAGACCGGGGGGACGCAGUUAUUAAAAUGGUAACCACUUUCAGAACUAUAGUGCGUUGAGAAAAUACUACCAAUGUCUGUCAAAGAAUAAGUGUCACAAUGCUAUGGCUGGAAGAUCUAAACAUGAAACUCGCAUUGCAAGGAGAAGGAAGAAGAAAGUAAGGUCCUUUGAGAUUAAUGUUUGCUGUUGUAUGUAAUACAUUUGAGGGGUAAUAAUUAAUAUUAAAAGGUGUAAGUUAACAUGAAUGUAAAUACAAAUUAGGUUAAACCAAUAAAAUAUAGUUUUCCUUUAUGAUACUUAAUGCUAGUGACUGUAGACUACCUUAAGAUUCUUCCAACUUUAGUGGUAAAUUUUCAUUCUAAGAAGCGAGAAUUGCUACAACUUUUAAUAUUUUUAGUGCUUAAAUAAAUAUAUAUAUAUAUAUAUAUAUAUAUAUAUAUAUAUAUAUAUAUAUAUAUAUAUAUAUAUAUAUAUAUAUAUAUAUAUAUAUUUACCUCAUAAUAUCAAGUAGGCAUAAUUUCGUUCACAUUUAAAGUUGGCUAAAUGUAGUUCUACAUUUUAUUGCAUUUGAAAGGCUAUUUCACAGUUUAUAACCUUUUAUUUGCAAGGCAUUUUUGCUUUGGUCGAAUUGGGCUCAUGGAAUAUCUGAUGGACACAUGUGUCUUCUCUGGUGCCUCAGUCUUAUUGCAGCCAUCUAAGAAGCGUUUGAAGUUAGGAUUUAUACUGCUAUUUAGAGGUUUUGAAGAUGUAUAAUACACUUGAAAGUGUGUAGUGCUUUAAUACUUAGCAUGUUGAAAUAUAUAUAUAAAGGUACAGCAUGCUGUCUGGGGUUGGAGUGUGUUAUUGCUCUAAUUGCUGGUUUUUGUUGUGUAAUUCUGUGUCCGAGACCAUUUUGAGUCAUGCAAGCCCAGGUGAAGAUACCGUAGGUGAGACAUUAAUACACGAGUAUAUAAUCUUAUCAGUGCAGAGUGAGGUACAUAGUAAUUUAUCAUUAUAAGGAAGCACAUACUAAAGGCUUAGAACGCAACAUAGUGAUGAGUAGAUAAAGGUAUGUACACAACGUUCUUCCUUGUAAUGUCUCGAAAAGAUGUACAUAGACGAGACUGGUAAAUAUUUUGCUAAAUUUGUAAGACUCAUUUGUCUUUGUCUUUAAGACAGUCUAAGUCUUUUUAAGACUAAAAGGCAUUAUUUUUAAGACGGUAGGUAAUGAAUAUAUUAUUGCUUUCGUUAACUUAAGUGAUACUGGCAAUAAUAUUGAUUUUGAUAACUGCAAACAAAUGCUUAAAUCCAAUAAUUAAGACAAAUUUUUUAAUAAAUAAUUAAAAGUUCCGAAUUUCAACGUAUGAGUCAAUAUAAUGUUAACAAAACAAAUUGUACCAAGGUCAAUGAAAACCUUUACCUAGUUUAUGUAUUGUUGUUGAUCAAGCGGCAGUUAUAUAUGGUCACAAGGGAUUUUUCACAUCAUUUCUUAUAAGAUGAAGGAUGUAAAGUAUAAUAAUGUAGAAGUACAUUAAAUACAUCAUUGCAUAUUGCAUCCAUAUACUGUAAUAUUCAAGAAUGGUGAAAUAAUUGUUUAAUUUGAAAAGCUUCUGGAAAUGCCGAGAAUUUAGGUCUUUUGUUAAUACGAAUGUAAAAAAAAAGCGCAACAAAUUUGUACAAAUUAAUUUUAGUUUACCAAACUAGUGGCCGCCAACAGGUCAAUUGGUCAAAGUGCUAUUCUUUUACUAAAGAUAUAUUUAAUACUAAUAUAUCUAACAGUAUUUUGCUGUUCAAUAGAGUGCAGCAUAAUAGAUCAUGAAAACACACUCAAUACAAUUCACAGAACGCUACAAAUCAAGAUUUUGCUGUUCUUAAAAAUUUCAUUAUUGAUUUUUGUCUCUUGCAUUAAAAAAAUAUAUAAAUAAAAAAAAAAGCUUGUUGAAAAUCCAUAGGCCUGUAGGACGAGGCCACUAUAAAAUCUUCUUGGAGCUUAUUUCCUAAAGUUUUAACAAGAAAUGAUGUCCAAUAUACGGGAUCAACUGCUGAGCAAAAUAUAUUAAUUGCUUCAUGAAGGAUUUAUAUAAUAAUUUACUACAGUCGCAUGGUAUUAUGGUGUAAAUGUGACUUUGACAUCUCUGUGUAUAUUAUCAUGAACAAAACACUGCCAUUUAAAGAAGCUUUAAACAAUGUAAAAGGAUGAAAAUAUUUAGCUUAGAAACAGACUUUUCUAUAUUCAAUUACACACUUCCUCUGUGUCCAUUUGCGUGAAAUAAAUAUUACUAUUAAUAUAUGUCACUAUAUUAAAUAUUUUAAUCAUAAUAAUUUAAUUACAUUUUUUUAAUUUUAUGUACUAGAAUGCCAGUUAUAAAUUUGAGAAGCUAAAUUCUACAGAAGUAAUGUGUUAAAAUGAUUCGUUAAGAGUAUAUUUUGUGCUAGAAGUUCAGUUAGAUUAUUUUCUUUUUAUACGAUAAUUUGUAGAAUGAGAAAAUAAUGUGUUUUAAUUAGUUGGUUUAAAUAUGACCCCACAAUCAUGUGAAACAUGACAAUAUUCAUGCCUCAUACAUUGGUUAUUUGACUUUUUUUUUUACAUUUUUAAACAGUUACUACCAUCAAAUAUAUGGAAUACUUAUGUGCACAUUAUAAUUCAGGUAUUGUUUCAAUCCUAAAUUGUGUAUCAUUAAAAUUGUUUAAAGUACAAA